CGCUGAUCAGUCAUUCGGAUAGCGCUCGUAUCCCUUCGUAUAAUGGUUAUGCACUGAUCGAGCAGGAGUAGGCCCCUUCGAAGGUCCUAAUGGCGAGCUGGGCUCGCGCUGCAAAGUUUUGCUCCAGGGUCACAACUUUGGGCUCAGGCAGCGCAUCUCAGCCGCUGAGGGAAGCAUCUGCCGCUAAUAGCAGCUCAGUGAUACGGUCCACUCAGCAAUGCCGGGGGAUGGCGUCAGAUCAUGGGCCCCCAGUCACAUAUGCUGGACUCACCUUGUACAAGCCUGCUAGAUGGCAUGUACUGUGGGGAGAAGGCAUGGCUUCGCUCAUGUGGUUCUGGAUUUUCUACCGCGCCUACCACGAUGGCAGCACUCUGCUGUUUGGCCACGCUCAGCACUUUGAGCAUGAUGAGGGCCAUGGAGAGAGCCACGAAGGUGACCAUGAAGAGUCCCACUGACAACUCCACAACACGCCAGCUGCAAUGCAUGGACACUGCGACGCUGUGGACAAUAUAUGAAGAUUCAUGUGAUGUCUGGAAUUUAUGGGCCCACGUCCUCUCCGAUUUAGGGGUAAGGCGUCAGGAAAGAGGGCACAUGCUGCUCAGAGAAUUGCGGGAUAUUGUGCUAAUUGCUGAGAGGGACUGGCUGGCUUGGGACUUUUGGCAGACCAGCAGUGGGAUUCUCACCAAUGUUCCUUGGGCUCAGAGUGUUUCUGUGAUCCGUGUCAAGUCAGUGGAUGUGAGUCAGUUGGAUAUGUGAAUGGCAGAUUAGCUCGCAGAAGACACUGGCAAGCGGAUUCAAGUGUGGAGGUUCUUGAUCAUAUGUGCAUUUCACGGCAGUAGCUGUUCUAUUGUUUCACAAUCAUCAAGUAUUGUGAUACCGUAUCUUAACAAUAAUUUCUGGUCAAUUAUGUGCGUUGUGCAUGCUUCAUCAUGCAGCUGCAGCUGCUAUAGUUUCUGUUCAUCUUCGUUCUGAGCUAUAAUGAGUGAUGUCG